AUGAAGAGCACGUUUACCGGUAGUAAAGUGCAGCUUAGUCCAAUUGUGGAAUCUAUGUCCAGACAGGACAUUGAACAUGUCUUCGGGGCUUUUGGCAAAGUAUCAGACGUUGACAUGCGCAAACACUCAGGAAAGACGGUAGUUGUGACUUAUGUUUCCAGGUUAGACAGUGAACAAGCCGUAGAAAAUCUAGAUGGAUCUGAGUUACAUGGUGUCGCGGUAUCUGUAAGGCAUGUCGACUAG